GCCUUUUGAGAUCAAGAAGAAGAAUGCAUGUGUGAGUGGGAUUACGUUACGAAUGUUCUGACCAUAGACUGAAAUAAAUUUCCAAAAAAAAAACAAAUCAAUUUUUAAAUAAACCCCCCAACAAAUAAUGUCCGAUCAAGAUCCCGUUGAAUUGAUGCUUCAAAAAACCGGUUGCAUUAAUCUACAUUACAAGGUACAAGAGUGUAUUGCUGAGACAGGUGAUUGGCGCCGGUGCCAAGACAGAGUAAAGGAAUUCAAGGCCUGUAUGCAGGAAUAUGUUGAUAAUCAGAGCCGGAAAUAUGCAAAUGUAAAAUAAAUACAACAAAUUUCAUCCGCAUAAAAAUCCACAUCACAAUGACGAAACUCCUGCGCACCUUUUAUAAUGUCUCCAAACACCUAACAUCCCCACCAACGAAGCUUGCCUUAGUGGUAAGGGGAGAUUUGAAAAUGUCCAAAGGUAAAACAGCAGCCCAAUGCGCCCAUGCAGCAGUAAUAUGUGUACAAGAUUCCCAAGAAAGCAAUAAUGAACGAAAUCGAGAACU